UGUGCAAAGUGUGUAGAACCACCCGUAUUGUUCCUAUCUUUUUGGCUGGUUAUAGAAUCGAUCAAGUGGGCCUCAACUCAACUUCUCAUCUACAGUUUCGAUGGACUUUCUAUUCGGUGGGUUAACGUGGAAGAAUUUGGUCUCUCACUCUCUCGUCACCGAAGCUAAAUACCUGAGACUUAUCAGUUGUGAGCGCGGAUACCGAGGCUGCUAGCGGUUUUGUCCGUCACAGUCAGAGGAAUAGUGCAUCACCCGCCCCUUGUGUUCACACGCGAAUAUAAGCAAACACCUUGUCUGCAUAUUUUUCUAUCAUUUCAAUCCCUUCCCUCCUAAAAAGGUCCCACCGAUAACCUUAUCCUCUAUAUUUUUCUAUUGACAUUCACUCUCCUAUGAAGGAAUAUAAACAAACACCUUCUGUGCGUAUAUUAUAUCAUUCUAUUUAAAGGCUUAGUUCUCCGCUGUAAACUCUUCACAUCUGGUGUGGAUGUGAAUUUCCAGUCCGUUUCUAAUGAAAUCCCACAACCGGAAACUGCAAGCAUACAACGAUGGAGUCUAUGCCAUCCCUUCUUUGUCCGCCGUUCACAACCUCCCAUCCUCUCCAUCACCACCAUCCAGAGAGCCCAUUUUCAUACAAUCAGCUCCACCGCCACAACAACAAUACCAACAACCAAUCACUGCUUUCGAUUCCUCCAUGGUCCUCACCGUCCUAGUCCUCCUUACUGCUUUAUUCUUCAUGGGCUUUUUCUCAAUUUACAUCCGUCGAUUCUCCGACGAUCAUACUCCGAUCAACAAUUCACGUUACCACCGCCGACGACCUCAGAAUCCACCCCCUUUAAUUCAGUGCGUCAAGGGCUUGACCCGGAAAUCGUACGGUCGCUGCCGUUGUAUUAUUACCAUGAGGACGCCAAGUACCAGAUUGAUUGUGCGAUAUGUCUCGGGGAGCUGGAAGAGCAAGAGGUCGUUAAAAUGAUUCCGUACUGUAAGCACGUCUUCCACGUGGAGUGCAUUGACAGAUGGCUUAGUAUGCACGCCACGUGUCCGGUUUGUAGGGGCACCCGGUUUUACGAGGCGGAGUGCAGUGGUGGCAGUUGUUUUCUUUUGGUUGUCGAUCGUGUGGCGGAGGAGGCAACGGUUGAUCACGGUGGAAGCGAGUUGCAUGGGGGAUCAACAGUUCGGAAUGCGGACACAAGUGAUCAUGUAACAAGGGAAGGGGCAUCAAUGGGUAUUAGGAGGUCUAGUAGUUGUACAGUUUUAACUGAUAGGGCGUCGCUGCAGAGAAGUUCGAGCCUCUUAUUAGUGUGAAAACUGAUGAACAUUAUUUACACUCCAUUUUUUUACUAAGUACACCUUAUUAAUUCUUUAAAAACACAUUAGAGUGAAGUGUACUUAGUAAAAAAUGAGGUGCAAAUAAUGUUCAUAUGACAAAAACUGAAAGACAUUGUAGAUAAUUAGAUAUGUACGUACUUUUUUUCUUUCGAAAAGAAAAAAAGAUUAGUUACAAUGUUCAUUAUUCUCGCAAGGAAAAAGAAUAAAUAAGUCGUCUGGUUAAUA